AUGGAUAACUAUAAAAAAUAUCUCUUUGAUGAGAAAUUUCAAGAACCACAACCUCGAAACACCUACUCAUUCUAAGCUCAGGAGAGCCAAGAAGAAUAGCCUGUCGAAUCAAAUUUUGAUGAUGAAUACAAAAAAGAUUUUCUUCAAAAUCAAAUUAAAAACAUCAGAGAAAAAUUGAUAAUGAUGGGUUUUCCUAGUUUGGGUGAUUUGUAUAGCAAUUCAAAUUCUGAAGUUGAUCUUACUGUCAAAGUAUUGGUUGCAGUAAUUAAAUAAAGAAGAGAGGACAUGGAUUUUAAGAACACCUAUCAUGAAAGAGUUAAUAAAAUCGAAGCAGAAAAACAACAACUAGUUUCUAAUUUUGAAAGAGUAUCAAAUAAUCGAAAAAUUCUUGAGUAAGAAAAUACAACCUUAUAAGCCAAGAUCAAGAGCACAGAAAAGGUUCAGAAAGAAUAAAUUAAUAAAUUGAUGCUGGAAAGAGAAGAUCUAUAAAAAUAGCUAUCAAAAUUAUAAAGUAGAUCGACUUAAUUUGAACAUGAAUUGAAGUAAAGGGAUUUAGAAAUUUAAAAACUUAAAGAUCAUAUUAAGAAAUAAUAGGCUUCCAAAACUUAUAAAAAUAGUUUAGAAAUGACAUAACCUAUUGAAUAAGGGGGUCCAAGUGUUUUUGCAGCAAAUGGAGAAUAUGAAUUCAGUCAAUUGGUUAUGAAAAAAUGGGAGGAAGUCAAUAACAAAUUACUUAGGGAGAAUGAAUAACUUAGGGAAAAUCUAGUUAAGAUUCAUACGGAACUAGGAGAGAUACUGCAGAUUAGGAGAGAUGUCUAUAUCAAAAGAAGAAAAAUAGAUUUUGGAGAUGAGAACAUUCCACCAGAAUUGGAUAACCCAUAGCAAAAUAUGCAUCAAUUCAAAAGUGACUUAUUCAAGGCUCCUUUAGAAACUAAUGGCAAAUAGGCUAUUUCGAUGUUGUAAGAGAAUCUAUCAACGUUUAAAGAACUUAUGAAGAAGUUUGAUUAAUAGUAUGAACUUUAAAUGAACGAAGAUGAAAUAGAAAUUGAAGCUGAAGGAGGUAAAACUAAGGCAUGUAAGAAUUUGACUGAGUUAUUCAAAAACUACAAUUAUAUUUUUGAAGCUCAGGAUAAGAUGAUAAGUUAAAUAAUCAAUAAAAGCUAAAAUUUAAAAAAGAUAGACGAAUUAAACUUUAAUUUAAAUAGAUUCAAUAGAGUGUUGGAUGACAAGUAGAUUGAUGAUGUUAAGAAGUAUUUACAAGAUUAGAAGAAGUAUCUGGAUGAAUCAAAAAAUGAGAUGGAUAUGAUCAAAAAAUAAUUUUAACAUUAAUUGAAAAAAAGAGAAGAAGAGAAAUAGAUAAUACAAAUGAAACGAUAGAUGCUAGAAGAAACUAAUGAUAAAUUCAAGGAAAAUAUCAGAAUGUUGGAAAAUGCAAGUAAACAAGCCUUACAAUAACUUAAUUAAGAUAAUAAUUGA